UACACGGUGGCCCUACGACUCCAUCUAUCAUAUGUAAUACAUAUGUAUAAUGUUUGCACCAUGGUUUAUUGAACUAGUAGAUAAAUACAUAGUUGUGACUUUCUGCAAGAUAUAACGAAAGUUCAACAAUUUGAUUGAUAAACAAACAACAACAACGACAACAACAAAUUAAUCAGUGGAGAAUCUAUUGAGCUUUCAACAUCAUCUACAUUUCAUAUACUUGACCCUUCUAAAACGUCGAAUAACAUUGCUAAUGUUACAGACAUUAAUAUAAGUGAUAGAAUUAUAAACAAUAUGACGAGUGAAAAAAUGCCAAGUGAUAAUCAUGACACAGACAUUAUACGUGCUAAGUGUAGUGAUAAUUCUAUUGUUAGUGCUUACACCGCACCAAAAGUGUUACUUGAUAUGGAUGACGUUAUUGUCUCAGGAAUACCGGACUUUAAUAGAAAAUUUAAACAUAUAUGUUGCACACCCUAUGGUCGAAUGGACCAUGGUAGUUGGGGAAUUCGUGCAACGUCAAGUCUAGAACGAAAGGCUAUAGGACCCUUACACCAUCCAGCAGUUGAUGUAACCAAAGGUGUCAUGUUUUGUUUUCCUGAUAGCCCUCAACCCGAUCGUGUUCCACCGGCAUCAAUAACAUUUACAGCUCCAAUUCACAAAGGUCGAAUUGAACGUGAACUGAUUUCAGUUUAUUUGAAACACGGGCAACCAGACAUGGAUACACUUGAAAGCAUCUUAACUGGAAAUUUAAUGGCUGCAAAUCAACAACUUCAUCGAGACAUUGGUGCUUACAUCGAUUGCAGACUUGAGCUAAUAGAUAAUAUGGCUUUUUAUGCAAAAGGUCUUUGGCAAGCAUUGCUCAUCGAUUUUUGUAAUGAAAGAAACUUUGUUCCUCAGGCUACGGCUUGGGAAGCAAAUGAUUUUCGUGUUAAAUACAUUGAUCUGUCAAACAUUGCCACAACAGCCGAUCAACUUGGUAGUGCAAUUAAAGGUCACGGAUUUGUCUUUAUUGAGAACAGCGAUUAUUCAAGAGGCACACAUGAUCUUGUUUUGGAAUGGAUAUGUCAACCAAACAGACGUAUUGCCACUCCAAAAAAUAAAAACAUACCACACAUGGCAUAUGUCAGCUGGCCGUACAUACCAAUUACAGUCGCCAGACAUGGUGCAUUCGAACCUUUAGGUGUACCAACUGUUAUUGACUCAGAUACAAUUUACAGUUUUCUCAGAAUCACUGCUACAAACAGAAAUGAACACGAAGCUCUUUCUAGAGCUAUCAGCUGGGUCCAACAAAAUUGUGGUGUUGAAUUUAUUGCUCCUGCUACUCGCAAUGGGCUUUACAGAUUUAUCUGGCCAGACAAUGGUACAGGAAAUAUUGGUAUUUCAGCUCCAAGCGAUUACAAUGCGCUCUUGCGUAUGUUGAAAGUAACACCAAAAUAUCAACCAGCAUAUGACGAGGACAACACCAACUUCAUUCAAUCAUUGAGAAUGACGAGACUAAAUUUGGCUGCACUCUAUACUGGAUUGUUCAACGCAUUUGUCACUACAGUCAUGGCUAGUGUUCAUUUUGAUACCUCAGCAUGUCAACGAUGGGCAGACGGCGAAACGGAAGAUCGAAGUCUCAUCCAUACUUUACGUGACAUGCUCUUACGUCCAACAACGUCAGGGGAAGAGCCUGCCAUUUACUAUGCAGUAGCAAUAGCUUUUAAAGUGUACACAGGGUGCAACAUUAAUAGCAACAUUAAUGCUAGCAGAAACUGGUCAACAAAUCCAGGAUCUUAUGCUCAUGCAUAUGAUAGUUAUCGUCUAUUGAAUGAUUUUAUCGCUCCUGUACGUGGUAAUUUACUUGCUCUUGAUUACUGGAUGAUAACAAGACCAAUUGAAUGGGGAAUACCUGGUGAUCCUUGUGAAGUCAACUUCUCAAAAAAUGUCAGCAAUCAAGGACCUCCUGCUUCGUGGGGGUGGCACGCUUCAUCUGGAGAUAGCACUUUUCAAGAUGCUGCUUCAGGAAAGACUCCAUACAUGAUCAUACCUUACGGCCCACUUGGCAUGAACAUCAUUGCACAAGCAUUCGAUUUGGCAAAUCCUGUCUUCAAAACUGAACGAAUUCGAUGGGCUCCGAAUGAUUUAAUUCACCGAUGGAAGUUUGAUCAGUCACUGCUUGAAGGUGCAGUUUAUGACGCGAAACUGCGGUGCUACUGGCCAUGUACAAUUCGCACAUUUGACCAUGAUGAUCAAAUAAUUGCAGCUCCAGUGUAUCCCACUCCGAGUAACGUCAAUGCUAUUAGCAUACUAGGAAACUGGAAUGGAAAAACACUCGGAAAUGUUGGUUAUUGGAAACCAAUUUUAGGUUACACUGAUGAAGACAUACUCCCAAUUUUGAAACGACGUCGCAAUAAUAAUCAAUUAUUUAUAUAAUAUAAUACUGGAUUGACAAAAGAGUAAAUUUAAAAAUAUUAAUCAAGGUAUUUUUGUAAGAAGAAAAGAUGCAAGUUGUAUAGAACAGUUAAAACGAAUAGAUCUUAUCAAAUUGUUCUGUAAAGUAAAUGAAACAAAUUAAAUAUGUCAUAAGAACAAAAAAAAAACUUUUAUAUUGUACUAUAUUUACAAGAAAAUUUAAAUAUAAUUAAAAAAUUUAAUUUCACUCAAUAAUUGAUAAAAUUAUAAAUAAAUUAUUAUAAAUUUGUAUUGCCAGUAAAAUUUCUAGUUGGUACAGCACCAUAUUCUAAUAUGUAAUGGCUUGUGAUGUAAAUUUGGAUAAGCCUUAUGCAUACAUGUGCUGAAAAAAAAUCAUAAAAAGAUUUAGGAUUAUUUAUGAUAAAUUAUAACUUGUUGAAAAAAAAAAAUAAAAAUGCAAUGUAUUUACUUAUGCUUGAAGGUUGUAGUGUGUUAUUUUUACAUCACUCCAACCAUAAACUUCUAGUUUUAUUAUUCAUUGUAAACAGUCGAAAAUUUAUAUGCAAAAUUAUUUUCUUUUUGUUGUUCUCAUCAACGACAAUAUCAGCUUUGUCAGGGUGUCAUUUUUCAUAUUUGAUAAUAAAUAGAAAAAUUGAUUUUAUUAAUUUUAUUCAUGGCUAUUAGAUAUAGUAAAUUUUGUAAAAUUAACUCUCGUUAUGUUAAUUUUGUUUGGUAUUUUUGUCCAAAGUCUUUUGGAAUCCUGAAAAUAAAAAAAAAAAUCAAAUUAGCAAUGUUUUCGAAUGAAAAAAAUUCUGUUUUAUUAAUUUAAUAAUAAUAGUUAUAAGAGGUAAGGCCAGCCAAUCAUUAUCUGAAUAAAAAAAUGCAAUUGGAAUAUUUAUUUUUGAUAAAUCAUAAGAUGGAGGCAUUGAUAAAUUGUAUUUAGCUAAAUUUUUUGUUUCUCCAUAAUCGAAAUUUUUAAAUUUACCAGAAUGAAUUUUUUGAGCAUAAUGAAUAACUGUUUUUGUUGAUGUACCAGCUGGUUCACGCCCAAUAUUACUGGCAGUAGUGUCUUGAAUAAAAAAAUAAAAAAAA